AUCAGCUUCAAUUAUUCGAAACCCCUUUCACGUACUUUGAGCUCGAAACGAUUCUACCAAUCCAGAGACAAUUUGCUCUAGAGCGAUAAUUUACAUCCAUUUUUCGCUAUAGUUGUACGUUCUUUUCUCACUAAUGGAUAUUUGAGCCCCGUCCCCUUCUUUUUGGCGUUAUAGUAAACCUGGUUUAUCUGGCGAUAUCCUGUCGAGCACAACAUGACGGUCGCGCGGCCAGUUCGGGCGUUGAUCGCCGGCGGAUGCAUUCUCUGGUGUUUCUUUCUAUGGCAGAUAUUUGCUCCAUCAUGGUCGCUAAGAGGUCCCGGUGAUCGCUACUCCAAUUUUGAACGGGAUCCUAUGUUAGAUCCUACCGAUGAACCAGAAGGAGUGUUACAUCGUACGAGUCCGAGAUAUGCCCACGAUGCGAAAAAGACGGAGCGCAUCGAUGCGACGCUAUUAGCGCUUGUGCGGAACGAGGAGGUGGAUGCCAUGGUCAUGUCGAUGAGGGACCUCGAAAGGACAUGGAACUCCAAGUUUAAUUACCCCUGGACGUUUUUCAACGAUAAGCCUUUCACGGAAGAGUUCAAGAGGAAGACAAGAGCGGCUACGAAGGCGAAAUGUAACUACGAAAUCAUCCCCAAGGAACAUUGGGACAUGCCCUCCUGGAUCGACGAAGAGCUCUUUCAAGAAUCCGCAAAGAUCCUCGAAAAGAACGGCGUCCAAUAUGCAAGCAAGAUAUCAUACCACCAAAUGUGUCGAUGGAACAGCGGUCUCUUCUACAAGCAUCCAGCCCUGAAGGACAUUCGCUACUACUGGCGUGUCGAGCCUAACGUGCACUUCUUCUGCGAUGUCGACUACGAUGUUUUCCGCUACAUGCACGAUAACAACAAGACAUACGGCUUCACCAUCAACCUCUACGACGAUCCCAAAACCUUACCUUCGUUGUGGCCCGAGACAGUCAAGUUUCUCGCUGAGCAUCCUAACGCAAUUCACGAGAAUAGCGCUGUAGCUUGGGUCACCGAUGAUAUUCGUCGGCCGUCAACGAACAGAAAGGCUCAGGGAUACUCGACAUGCCAUUUCUGGAGUAAUUUUGAGAUUGCGGAUAUGUCAUUUUGGAGGAGUAAGACUUACGAAGACUACUUCAACCACCUCGAUCGUGCGGGUGGAUUCUUCUAUGAACGAUGGGGUGAUGCUCCAGUUCAUAGUAUUGCACUUGGUCUAUUUGAGGACCAGAGCAAGAUUCAUUGGUUCCGUGAUAUUGGAUAUCAACACAUCCCCUUCUUCAACUGUCCCAACUCACCAAAGUGUAAGGGCUGUGUAACUGGCCGUCUCACUGACGGUGAGGCCUGGUUGCAUCGAGAAGACUGUCGACCCAACUGGUUCAAGUACGCCGGUAUGGGCUAACAAGCUUUGUCUCAUAUAAAAAUUUGACAAUAUUUGAUGCAUAGAAAGGGGUACAGAGUUUUGGUUUCUGGCAAUUUGGAUAACGAUUUGGCGCCGGUGGAAAGCUAUUAAUGUUCAAGCAAGCUGGAAGGGGUAUCAUGAUGGACAAUAUUUUGUCUGUACGAAUUGGAAAACGCCUUUGAUGAUGAUGUAUUAGAUUCGAGAAUAAACAAAGACGCUAUCUCGCUUGAUCUUAAAAGUAAUGGGUAUAAAAGAUGUCUACAAGGCUCCGUAGACAGUCACCACGCCUGAUGUUCCACCAACGCAGAACUGAUCUCCCCAGCCAUCCUCCCUCCACGCCAUACAACUCACAACAUUACUCCUCGCCUUCUCCUUUCCAUCCCGGCCAACAGCCUUCUUCUUAGGUUCAAACCCUUCUGGCCCCCAAGGAACCGUCACCUUGGCCGCCAACUUUCCCGUCAACAAAUCCCAAGCCCAUAUCCUUCCAUGUCCGUUAGGUGCAGGCUCACCGGCCAUGGCAUCGCCAACCACUACGUACUUCUCUUUGCCUCCCAGCAGCGCCUGCAGCUUGACAUCUUCGUUCUUCCAUCCUGGGUCGGUGUAUGCGCGUAGACAGGAGCCGUUGUCGCGGUCCAUUAGACGGAGCUUGUUGUCGAGACUUCCGACCAACAUGGUGCGUCCGUCGCGGGUGAGACUGAGACUCGUAACGGGUGCGCCUAUCACAUCGGUUGUGACUUUUCCCAUGCGGAUAUCGUAGCUGCGUACGCGACCAUCGACGCUCCCUGCGAGGACUUCAGGGCCACGGAUGGCGAGACAUGUUACCGCAUCGUUGGCAUCAUCGAGAACCUGUAUAGGCUUGAAGCUGUUGCUCUUCGUAUCCCAUAAUCUCACCGUAGUGUCAAACCCUGCGCUGACAAUAAUAGAAUCACCUUCUCCCGCAAAGCUCACACAAUUAAUACGAGCCGUGUGGCCAUGAACGUUACCACCAAAUCGCUUAGUCGUAACAGCAGUGCUCACGUCCCAAAGGAACACGCUGCGAUCACCGCCAGCCGACACAAACCGUUGAUUAUCGGCAGCGACAGAGAGGCUCAACACUUCAUAGCCGUGAGCAGCAUAAGUCUGAAUCAGUCGACCCUGAGGAACAACGCUGUGACGAUCACCGGGACCAGAUGUGCUGGGAAAUGGGUUGUAGAGGCGGAUGGAUCGGUCCGCGGAACCGGUGAGGAUGUAGGUGCCUGGAGAGGCGGAGUAUGCAAGGGCAUGGACCGGGCCUUUCAGUGUGUGUUAGUGUAAGCGACAGCGCGGCAUAUGCCUUGAAAUUGCUAUAAGUUGGUGGGAUAUGACAUGAUACGAUAUGAUGGGAUAGAUACGCCACGCCUGAAGCCAAGAGUAAAGAUAUGGAGGAACUGACCAUUAGCGCCCAAAAGAUGAGCAGAUGGCUUAUCGGGAAACCCCAUUUCAAGAUAUUGAUAAUUAUUGAUAUUGUCAAGUAAAGAGUGAGAUGAAGGAAGCUCUGACGUUUCUGCGGCAGAUGCAUGUUUCCAGUGCAUUACCUAAUCAGGCUAGCUGCAUAUCUC